AGCGGCAGCGCAGCAGAGAGACCGUCUCCACUGUCCACUGUGUCCUCCACCGCCGGAAUUACCGUUUCCUCUCCGUCUGCACAGACCUGCUCUCUAAAUGAAGCUUGGUUCUUCUCCGUGAUUUCUUCGCCAUGAGCUGCCUGGAUGUGAUGUACCAAGUGUUUGGUCCUCAACCUUAUUUCAGCUCCUACAGUCCCUAUCACCACCAGAAACUGGCCUUGUAUACCAAAAUGCAAGAUCCCCAGGACAGUGGCACCCGGCUCGGCCCCCCGGCAAUCAAAGAGGAAGACAAGGAGCUGCCGCCGGGAGCCGAGUACCUGAGUUCCCGCUGCGUCCUCUUCACUUACUUCCAGGGAGACAUCAGCGCCGUGGUGGACGAACACUUCAGCCGAGCCCUCAGCCACACAACUUCAUACCCUGCCUCAAGCAGCCACAAGGCCGUAAGAGAUGGAUCAUUCCCUAUGAGCCACAGAAGUUUCCCUCCGUCUUUCUGGAACAGCUCCUACCAGCCUUCGGUCUCCUCCACGCUGGGCAGUGCUCUGUCAGCUCCCCACACAGAGCUCCCCUUCCCUGGGGACCCGUAUUCCUCCGCCUCCCUGCACAGCCACCUCCAUCAGCCCAGCCCCGACUCCUGGCACCCAACUCAUCACCACCACCAUCACCAUCAUCAUCCUUACUCACUAGGGGGCGCUAUAGGCAGCCAGGGUUCAGCAUACCCACGUCCAGGGGUUCACGAGAUGUAUGGCUCGGCGUUCGACCCGCGUUACGGCUCUCUGUUGGUGCCAUCUGUGAGGCCUCAUCACCGUUUGACAUCCGGCAGCUCAGUACCCGGACCCAGCGCCUCGCCCUGUGACCUGGGAGGGAAGGGGGAGUCUGGGACGGGUUCAACCUGGAGUGGCGCUUUCACUGGAGCCGGAGCAGAGAUUGGACUCAACAUGGACACAGGUCUGCAGGCACAGGAUAAGAGCAAGGAUUUGUAUUGGUUUUAGAGACUGCUGAGACUCUUCCCCUCCCGCUUCACUCCUACUUCAGCUGUAGCCUCUUUGCUUCACUCCUGCUCUACUCUGUUGCUCUGCUGUUAUUGGAUGACUGACAGAGAAACUGAAAAUCAGUCAGACGGCAGUUUUGUGCUGUAACUGCUUCUGGUCUACUUGCAGCUCGGUACUAUGGCGGACUGUGCAGCAGCAGCGCAGCCCUGCUGAGCUGAAUGCCGACAGUGUGGAUACAAAACGAGCGUGGAAACAAAAGCGGACUCGCAGAGGAGAGAGAGAAUCUGAUCUUGACGGAUGUGGACAAAGACAAGACUCUUUGUGCUUCUGUAACAGGCAGGGACAACAUUCCUAAACUGGAAAAAGUCUGGGGACAGACGGACAGAGACGUGUUGUUGAACUCCAAAGACAAGCGCCUGAAGGACUUGGCAGGACCUGCCUCACUGGGACAACUGGGCAACAGACACGGGGAGUGUUAUGGCUGGAGGACAGGCCGUGUUGGUGAUGAGGAGGCCGCACAGCAAGAAUCUGGCCCACUGCGAGGGCAGAAGGAGUCCAAACACUUUGGUUUACAUGGAGUAUUGUUUCAAUGUCAACUGAAAAAAAAAAAAAAAAACAGAAAAAAACACUGUCAGUACUACGGCACUGUAAACAUUAAAUUAAAAAGUUUUGACUGAUAAAA